UUUUUUUAAAAACUGAUGUUUAAAAACUAUCAAUAUUUGUUUCAGCUUGAAGAUGAUGGGAAUUUUGGGAGACUUCUUUCUUCUGCACCAGAGUCGGCACCAAAGUUGGUUGCAAUUGAGAAAGAUGAACGAAUUGUGAACAUGGCUAUUGUUUGUGAUGGUACACACAUUCUUCUAGAGACAGCCGAUUCAAAAGAGGUCAUAGCUGUGUUGAUUGGUUUGGUUUACCUUGCAGACCUAGAUUAUCCAAAGGCAUAUUCACAGGUACGUGGGUUCCUUCAGCAAACUGAACUUCAGCAGCAGUUUGAUGGGCAUAAGAGCUAUGGAUUUGUUCAAUAUUUAAAGACAGUGAACACGGAGAUGGAGAGGAAAGAAAAGAAGCCAAUGUGACUUAAGUGAUCCAGCUUUCAUAAAAGGAAAAGUUGAACUUUACUUUCAUUUGGAUAAUUAUCAGUUUACACUUACUCAGAAGUAUGUUUUACUAUUCAGCACUGAGAUAAGUCAAGUACGCUGUCUUACAUACAGCUCUUUUUGGACUUGGGUUAAUAUUAUAGCACUUUGGUUAAUAUUAUAGCAGUGUUGGAAAUUUGUGUGCAAUUUCAAGUACUUUCAUAGUUUAUUGUAGGAAUGGCAACACAUACUGAUUUUGGUAUUCGAAUAUUUCUAUAGAGCAUUCAAAUGUUAUCCAAUAUUUGAAUAUUCGUAUAAAAAUUGUAUGCAUCCAAAUUUGUACAAUGCUCUAUGAUCAAUAAGUUUUCCUGUUGACUUGAGAAUUUUUAUUCUCUUUUUUUGAGAGUCGUUGAUGAUGCCUUAAUAUGUAACUAUUCACAAUCAUCAUAAGUAUUUUUUAAGAACUGAUUUCAUAAAUUAGAUGUGAUAUUUACCAGCUGAAGGCAUUAUUGAGGGGUGAACAUCUCAUCAUAUUUAAUGACUAGUAAAUCCAUAAUUGUUUUAUCCUAUGUUUUGUUACAAAGAUAAAUUGUUUCAUUAACUGUAGUUUUUUUGGUUUGCAAGUAAAUCAAAAGUUACUAAGUACGUACUUUUUUAUUAUAUUUAUUUAUUUUAUGUUUAUCACAGACUGUACUUAAUGCUUUUAUAUAAAGCGAAUGAUUUUAACCAAUAGAAAUCUGGCUAUUUUUAGUACAAAUUAAUAAUUUCAUACUUCUUGCAACAGAUGUUUGAUGAUGUCAUGAUUUUUAGCUUGAUUAUUUAAAAAAAUGGUAAGGCAAUAGCUUAGCAGCUGAUCCUAGCAUUAGUGUUGCAUGACACAAAGUUUUUUUAGACAAAGAAAGACAACCACUUCUGAUAUUUAUUUGGAACUUUACACAUUUUUUGUAUGUAAAUAUAAGUUCACAUAAAAAGACCAAUAACUCUGUUCUGCAUUUUGACUAAAUGAUGUUUCUUUUAGAAAAUUCUGCAUAUAUAUGUUUUUUUGUGUGUGUGAAAGUUGUAUCUCCAGUCAUAGAAUUUUAUCCGAAACUUUGUACAUGUGUUAGAAACGAAAAUAUUAUUUAC